AUGUACCCUUCAUAAAUAACCAAUUACAAGAGUAAAGAAGCAAAAAUAAAUAAAUUAAAUAGAACGAGUAUUAUGUCUGGAGAAGGAUCAUGUACCUAAGAGAUUUACACGGUUUUGGACAAAAUUUCAAAAUUUCUUGAACCAAUCCAUAAAAUUUAUAAUGGACUUCACUAAAGUUUGUUAAAUCUUAAAUUAGAAAUAGGUAAGAUGAUAAAUCAAAUAUUUUCAUUCAUAGAAAUAGCUAUUUAAUCAAGCGUAUUUGAAAUAAUUAAGUUGGAAAAUUACAUAAAAUAUUAAGACUAUUAUAAAGAGUUUAAAAUGGAGGAUUUAUAGAAAUUAGUUGAUUUUGUUUAUAAUGAUAAUAUUUUACAAAAUCCAAUAUUUGAAUCUACUAAACAAUUGAACGAAAUAUAAUCAGGGUAUAAAAAUUUAUUGAUCAAAUUUUUGAGAAUAUUAUAGAGUUAAUUAAAGGUGAUACACAACAAUAAGAUAAAUAGAAUAAUUAUUAAGAAUAGAAAAAAAAGGAAAAUUAAGAUCAAGAAAGCUAAUUCCAAAUAACAUAAGUCAUAAAUAAAAAGAAUAGGGCAAUUUUGUAAGAGAAAUCAACAGUAUUUACAAAAAAAAGUACNAAAUUAUAUAAGGCAUAAUUGGCUGCAGUUUUAUUUUAACCCAAACUUAAAUACUAUAACUAAAUUGCAAAUAAAGAUAUAUCUUAUAAUUUUCACAAAAAAAUCAAAAAGAAGACGUUUAGGUUUAUAUCUUUAUCAAUUUGAAACAUCGUUAUUGAUUAAAAAUAUUCUAAUUAUCAUUUUGAUUUACCUCUAAAAAUUAAAAAACAAUAUAGGGUAAUUUGAUAAUAAAAUUGUUAUAAAUUUAUUUUGA